AUGGAGAACGCCUUUCUCCGUACUCCAGCGGAAUCGCUGGAGCACUUCAAGGUGUCCGAGCAGACCGGUCUGUCGCAGAACGCGGUACUGAAAUCCAGACAGCAGUAUGGACCCAACGCUCUUGCCGAAGAACCGCCAACUCCUAUGUGGGAACUCAUCCUGGAACAAUUCAAGGACCAAUUGGUUCUUAUCCUCCUUGGCUCGGCCGCCGUGUCCUUCGUGCUUGCGCUCUUUGAAGAAAGUGACGAUUGGACUGCAUUUGUGGACCCCGCUGUUAUUCUCACUAUCCUCAUCCUCAAUGCCGUGGUCGGAGUGACCCAAGAAAGUAGCGCGGAAAAGGCCAUCGCAGCUUUACAGGAAUACUCGGCCAACGAGGCCAAGGUCGUCCGUGAUGGAAUGACGCGCAAGGUCAAGGCCGAAGAUUUGGUUCCCGGCGACGUGAUUCACAUCGCUGUCGGUGACCGUGUCCCCGCAGACUGCCGACUACUUUCCAUUCAGAGUAACAGCUUCCGUGUCGACCAGGCUAUCUUGACUGGCGAGAGUGAAAGUGUCGCAAAGGAGACUCGGGCCAUCAAGGAUGACCAGGCAGUCAAGCAGGAUCAGAUCAACAUGCUUUUCUCUGGAACUACCGUUGUCAACGGUCACGCUACUGCGCUUGUCGUAUUGACCGGUGGCUCGACUGCCAUUGGAGAUAUUCAGGAAAGCAUUACUUCCCAAAUCUCCGAGCCGACCCCUCUGAAGAAGAAGCUGAACGACUUCGGUGACAUGCUCGCCAAGGUCAUUACCGUCAUCUGUGUCUUGGUUUGGGUUAUCAACUACGAAAACUUCAACGACCCCGCGUUCGGUGGCUGGACCAAGGGUGCUAUCUACUACCUGAAGAUUGCUGUCUCCCUUGGUGUGGCAGCUAUUCCAGAGGGCCUCGCAGUUGUCAUCACUACUUGCUUGGCUCUAGGCACUCGCAAGAUGGCUCAGAAGAACGCAGUCGUCCGGUCUCUCCCCUCUGUCGAAACCCUGGGCAGCUGCAGUGUUAUUUGCUCUGACAAGACCGGAACCUUGACUACCAACCAGAUGAGUGUUGAGAAGAUUGUUUACCUGACCUCCUCUGGAAAUGGCCUAGAGGAAAUCGAUGUUGAAGGCACUACUUUCACCCCCGAGGGUAAGCUCACCCAUAAUGGCAAGGUUGUCCAGAAUUUGGCUGUUUCUUCCUCGACUGUCGCACAAUUGGCUGAAGUCACUGCUCUCUGCAACACUGCUACUAUUUCCCACGAUCCCAAGAGCGGAGUUUUCUCCAGCAUCGGUGAGCCCACCGAGGGGGCUUUGCGCGUUUUGGUUGAGAAGAUUGGAUCCACCGAUGCUUCCCUGAACGAGAAGCUUUACCGUCUCCCUGCACCCGAAAGAUUACAUGCCGCCAGUGCUCAUUACGAGUCACGUCUUCCCCUCAAGGCCACUUAUGAGUUCUCCCGUGACCGUAAGAGCAUGUCAGUCCUCGUCGGCGAGGGCAAGGAACAGAAGCUCCUGGUUAAGGGCGCUCCUGAAAGCAUCUUGGACCGCUGCUCGUACGUUAUUCAGGGCGCUAAUGGAUCUCGCGUUCCUAUGACCAUGAACCACUUGAACCUGCUAUCCCAGGAAGUUGUCGAGUAUGGUAACCGCGGUCUCCGUGUCAUGGCCAUCGCAAGUAUUGAUGAUAUCUCUGGUAACCCUCUCCUGGACACCGCAACCACCACCGAGGACUACGCCAAGCUCGAACAGAAUAUGACUCUCAUUGGUCUCGUUGGAAUGUUGGAUCCCCCUCGUCCUGAGGUUGCCGACUCUAUCCAGAAGUGUAACGCCGCCGGAAUUCGUGUCAUUGUCAUUACUGGUGAUAACCGCAAUACCGCUGAGUCAAUCUGUCGCUCCAUUGGUGUGUUCGGUGCCGAUGAGGAUCUCACUGGCAAGAGCUUCACUGGCCGUGAAUUCGACGCUCUCAGUAAAAGUGAACAGCUGAAGGCCGUCCAGACUGCCUCCCUCUUCUCGCGCACUGAGCCUAGCCACAAGUCUAAGUUGGUCGAUCUCCUCCAAUCUCUGAACCAUGUCGUCGCUAUGACUGGUGACGGUGUCAACGACGCUCCCGCUCUCAAGAAGUCUGAUAUUGGUGUGGCCAUGGGUACUGGAACCGACGUUGCCAAGAUGGCUGCCGAUAUGGUUCUGGCUGAUGACAACUUCGCUACCAUCACCGUCGCCGUUGAGGAGGGCCGUUCUAUUUACAGCAACACUCAACAGUUCAUCCGCUACCUGAUUUCUUCCAACAUUGGAGAAGUUGUCUCUAUCUUCCUGACUGCAGCCCUUGGCAUGCCCGAGGCUCUGGUUCCCGUUCAACUGUUGUGGGUCAACCUUGUCACUGACGGUCUGCCCGCCACUGCUCUCGAUGUUAUGAAGCGUCCUCCUCGCCGUCGCGACGAGGCUCUUGUCGGCGGCUGGUUGUUGUUCCGCUACAUGGUCAUCGGUAUCUAUGUUGGCGCUGCCACCGUCUUUGGUUACGUUUGGUGGUUUGUUUACAACCCCGAAGGUCCCGGCAUCUCUUUCUCGCAAUUGUCCAACUACCACAAGUGUGGUGCUCAGUUCCCCGAGAUUGGCUGCGAGAUGUUCAGCAACGACAUGGGCAAGUCUGCCUCCACCGUGUCUCUCUCCAUCCUUGUGGUGAUUGAGAUGUUGAACGCCAUGAACGCGCUGUCCUCCAGCGAGUCUCUCUUCACUUUCUUCCUGGGCAACAACCCUAUGCUGAUCUACGCCAUCACGCUGUCCAUGCUCCUUCACUUCGCCAUCCUCUACAUUCCCUUCCUCCAGAGCCUGUUCGCGAUUCUGCCUCUGAACUGGAAUGAGUGGCAGGCCGUGUUGGUUAUCAGUGCGCCUGUGAUCGCAAUCGAUGAGGUUCUUAAGUUUGCCGAGCGCCGUCUUUACAACACCAAAGCCGUCAACCCAGCCCAGAAUGGGGCUGCUGGUAAGCCUAAGCGGGCUUAA